AUGGUAUCGACUCAACAGUGGUAUCGACUCAACAGUGGUAUCGACUCAACAGUGGAGUCGACUCAACAGUGGAGUCGACUCAACAGUGGUAUCGACUCAACAGUGGAGUCGACUCAACAGUGGUAUCGACUCAACAGUGGUAUCGACUCAACAGUGGUAUCGACUCAACAGUGGUAUCGACUCAAUAGUGGUAUCGACUCAACAGUGGUAUCGACUCAACAGUGGUAUCGACUCAACAGUGGUAUCGACUCAACAGUGGUAUCGACUCAACAGUGGUAUCGACUCAACAGUGGAGUCGACUCAACAGUGGAGUCGACUCAACAGUGGAGUCGACUCAACAGUGGAGUCGACUCAACAGUGGAGUCGACUCAACAGUGGAGUCGACUCAACAGUGGUAUCGACUCAACAGUGGUAUCGACUCAUCAGUGGUAUCGACUCAACAGUGGAGUCGACUCAACAGUGGAGUCGACUCAACAGUGGUAUCGACUCAACAGUGGAGUCGACUCAACAGUGGUAUCGACUCAACAGUGGAGUCGACUCAACAGUGGAGUCGACUCAACAGUGGAGUCGACUCAACAGUGGAGUCGACUCAACAGUGGUAUCGACUCAACAGUGGUAUCGACUCAACAGUGGUAUCGACUCAACAGUGGUAUCGACUCAACAGUGGUAUCGACUCAACAGUGGUAUCGACUCAACAGUGGUAUCGACUCAACAGUGGUAUCGACUCAACAGUGGAGUCGAGUCAACAGUGGAGUCGACUCAACAGUGGAGUCGACUCAACAGUGGUAUCGACUCAACAGUGGAGUCGACUCAACAGUGGUAUCGACUCAACAGUGGUAUCGACUCAACAGUGGUAUCGACUCAACAGUGGUAUCGACUCAACAGUGGAGUCGACUCAACAGUGGAGUCGACUCAACAGUGGUAUCGACUCAACAGUGGAGUCGACUCAACAGUGGUAUCGACUCAACAGUGGAGUCGACUCAACAGUGGAGUCGACUCAACAGUGGAGUCGACUCAACAGUGGAGUCGACUCAACAGUGGUAUCGACUCAACAGUGGUAUCGACUCAACAGUGGUAUCGACUCAACAGUGGUAUCGACUCAACAGUGGUAUCGACUCAACAGUGGUAUCGACUCAACAGUGGUAUCGACUCAACAGUGGUAUCGACUCAACAGUGGAGUCGACUCAACAGUGGAGUCGACUCAACAGUGGUAUCGACUCAACAGUGGUAUCGACUCAACAGUGGUAUCGACUCAACAGUGGUAUCGACUCAACAGUGGUAUCGACUCAACAGUGGUAUCGACUCAACAGUGGUAUCGACUCAACAGUGGUAUCGACUCAACAGUGGUAUCGACUCAACAGUGGAGUCGACUCAACAGUGGAGUCGACUCAACAGUGGAGUCGACUCAACAGUGGUAUCGACUCAACAGUGGAGUCGACUCAACAGUGGUAUCGACUCAACAGUGGAGUCGACUCAACAGUGGAGUCGACUCAACAGUGGUAUCGACUCAACAGUGGAGUCGACUCAACAGUGGUAUCGACUCAACAGUGGAGUCGACUCAACAGUGGUAUCGACUCAACAGUGGUAUCGACUCAACAGUGGUAUCGACUCAACAGUGGUAUCGACUCAACAGUGGUAUCGACUCAACAGUGGUAUCGACUCAACAGUGGUAUCGACUCAACAGUGGUAUCGACUCAACAGUGGAGUCGACUCAACAGUGGAGUCGACUCAACAGUGGUAUCGACUCAACAGUGGUAUCGACUCAACAGUGGUAUCGACUCAACAGUGGUAUCGACUCAACAGUGGUAUCGACUCAACAGUGGUAUCGACUCAACAGUGGUAUCGACUCAACAGUGGAGUCGACUCAACAGUGGAGUCGACUCAACAGUGGUAUCGACUCAACAGUGGAGUCGACUCAACAGUGGUAUCGACUCAACAGUGGUAUCGACUCAACAGUGGUAUCGACUCAACAGUGGUAUCGACUCAACAGUGGUAUCGACUCAACAGUGGUAUCGACUCAACAGUGGUAUCGACUCAACAGUGGUAUCGACUCAACAGUGGUAUCGACUCAACAGUGGUAUCGACUCAACAGUGGUAUCGACUCAACAGUGGAGUCGACUCAACAGUGGAGUCGACUCAACAGUGGAGUCGACUCAACAGUGGAGUCGACUCAACAGUGGAGUCGACUCAACAGUGGAGUCGACUCAACAGUGGUAUCGACUCAACAGUGGUAUCGACUCAUCAGUGGUAUCGACUCAACAGUGGAGUCGACUCAACAGUGGAGUCGACUCAACAGUGGUAUCGACUCAACAGUGGAGUCGACUCAACAGUGGUAUCGACUCAACAGUGGAGUCGACUCAACAGUGGAGUCGACUCAACAGUGGAGUCGACUCAACAGUGGAGUCGACUCAACAGUGGUAUCGACUCAACAGUGGUAUCGACUCAACAGUGGUAUCGACUCAACAGUGGUAUCGACUCAACAGUGGUAUCGACUCAACAGUGGUAUCGACUCAACAGUGGAUCGACUCAACAGUGGUAUCGACUCAACAGUGGUAUCGACUCAACAGUGGAGUCGACUCAACAGUGGAGUCGACUCAACAGUGGAGUCGACUCAACAGUGGUAUCGACUCAACAGUGGAGUCGACUCAACAGUGGUAUCGACUCAACAGUGGUAUCGACUCAACAGUGGUAUCGACUCAACAGUGGUAUCGACUCAACAGUGGAGUCGACUCAACAGUGGAGUCGACUCAACAGUGGUAUCGACUCAACAGUGGAGUCGACUCAACAGUGGUAUCGACUCAACAGUGGAGUCGACUCAACAGUGGUAUCGACUCAACAGUGGAGUCGACUCAACAGUGGUAUCGACUCAACAGUGGAGUCGACUCAACAGUGGUAUCGACUCAACAGUGGAGUCGACUCAACAGUGGUAUCGACUCAACAGUGGUAUCGACUCAACAGUGGUAUCGACUCAACAGUGGUAUCAACUCAACAGUGGUAUCGACUCAACAGUGGAGUCGACUCAACAGUGGUAUCGACUCAACAGUGGAGUCGACUCAACAGUGGUAUCGACUCAACAGUGGAGUCGACUCAACAGUGGUAUCGACUCAACAGUGGAGUCGACUCAACAGUGGAGUCGACUCAACAGUGGUAUCGACUCAACAGUGGAGUCGACUCAACAGUGGUAUCGACUCAACAGUGGAGUCGACUCAACAGUGGUAUCGACUCAAAAGUGGUAUCGACUCAACAGUGGUAUCGACUCAACAGUGGUAUCGACUCAACAGUGGUAUCGACUCAACGGUGGUAUCGACUCAACAGUGGUAUCGACUCAACAGUGGUAUCGACUCAACAGUGGAGUCGACUCAACAGUGGAGUCGACUCAACAGUGGUAUCGACUCAACAGUGGUAUCGACUCAACAGUGGUAUCGACUCAACAGUGGUAUCGACUCAACAGUGGUAUCGACUCAACAGUGGUAUCGACUCAACAGUGGAGUCGACUCAACAGUGGAGUCGACUCAACAGUGGAGUCGACUCAACAGUGGUAUCGACUCAACAGUGGAGUCGACUCAACAGUGGUAUCGACUCAACAGUGGUAUCGACUCAACAGUGGUAUCGACUCAACAGUGGUAUCGACUCAACAGUGGUAUCGACUCAACAGUGGUAUCGACUCAACAGUGGAGUCGACUCAACAGUGGAGCCGACUCAACAGUGGAGCCGACUCAACAGUGGAGUCGACUCAACAGUGGUAUCGACUCAACAGUGGAGUCGACUCAACAGUGGUAUCGACUCAACAGUGGAGUCGACUCAACAGUGGUAUCGACUCAACAGUGGAGUCGACUCAACAGUGGUAUCGACUCAACAGUGGAGUCGACUCAACAGUGGUAUCGACUCAACAGUGGAGUCGACUCAACAGUGGAGUCGACUCAACAGUGGAGUCGACUCAACAGUGGAGUCGACUCAACAGUGGUAUCGACUCAACAGUGGUAUCGACUCAACAGUGGUAUCGACAACAGUGGUAUCGACUCAACAGUGGUAUCGACUCAACAGUGGUAUCGACUCAACAGUGGUAUCGACUCAACAGUGGUAUCGACUCAACAGUGGUAUCGACUCAACAGUGGUAUCGACUCAACAGUGGAGUCGACUCAACAGUGGAGUCGACUCAACAGUGGUAUCGACUCAACAGUGGAGUCGACUCAACAGUGGUAUCGACUCAACAGUGGAGUCGACUCAACAGUGGUAUCGACUCAACAGUGGAGUCGACUCAACAGUGGUAUCGACUCAACAGUGGAGUCGACUCAACAGUGGUAUCGACUCAACAGUGGAGUCGACUCAACAGUGGAGUCUCAACAGUGGAGUCGACUCAACAGUGGAGUCGACUCAACAGUGGUAUCGACUCAACAGUGGUAUCGACUCAACAGUGGUAUCGACUCAACAGUGGUAUCGACUCAACAGUGGUAUCGACUCAACAGUGGUAUCGACUCAACAGUGGUAUCGACUCAACAGUGGUAUCGACUCAACAGUGGUAUCGACUCAACAGUGGAGUCGACUCAACAGUGGAGUCGACUCAACAGUGGAGUCGACUCAACAGUGGUAUCGACUCAACAGUGGAGUCGACUCAACAGUGGUAUCGACUCAACAGUGGUAUCGACUCAACAGUGGUAUCGACUCAACAGUGGUAUCGACUCAACAGUGGAGUCGACUCAACAGUGGAGUCGACUCAACAGUGGUAUCGACUCAACAGUGGAGUCGACUCAACAGUGGUAUCGACUCAACAGUGGAGUCGACUCAACAGUGGUAUCGACUCAACAGUGGAGUCGACUCAACAGUGGAGUCGACUCAACAGUGGUAUCGACUCAACAGUGGAGUCGACUCAACAGUGGUAUCGACUCAACAGUGGAGUCGACUCAACAGUGGUAUCGACUCAACAGUGGUAUCGACUCAACAGUGGUAUCGACUCAACAGUGGUAUCGACUCAACAGUGGUAUCGACUCAACAGUGGUAUCGACUCAACAGUGGUAUCGACUCAACAGUGGUAUCGACUCAACAGUGGAGUCGACUCAACAGUGGAGUCGACUCAACAGUGGUAUCGACUCAACAGUGGAGUCGACUCAACAGUGGUAUCGACUCAACAGUGGUAUCGACUCAACAGUGGUAUCGACUCAACAGUGGUAUCGACUCAACAGUGGUAUCGACUCAACAGUGGUAUCGACUCAACAGUGGUAUCGACUCAACAGUGGUAUCGACUCAACAGUGGUAUCGACUCAACAGUGGAGUCGACUCAACAGUGGAGUCGACUCAACAGUGGAGUCGACUCAACAGUGGAGUCGACUCAACAGUGGAGUCGACUCAACAGUGGAGUCGACUCAACAGUGGUAUCGACUCAACAGUGGUAUCGACUCAUCAGUGGUAUCGACUCAACAGUGGAGUCGACUCAACAGUGGAGUCGACUCAACAGUGGUAUCGACUCAACAGUGGAGUCGACUCAACAGUGGUAUCGACUCAACAGUGGAGUCGACUCAACAGUGGAGUCGACUCAACAGUGGAGUCGACUCAACAGUGGAGUCGACUCAACAGUGGUAUCGACUCAACAGUGGUAUCGACUCAACAGUGGUAUCGACUCAACAGUGGUAUCGACUCAACAGUGGUAUCGACUCAACAGUGGUAUCGACUCAACAGUGGUAUCGACUCAACAGUGGUAUCGACUCAACAGUGGUAUCGACUCAACAGUGGAGUCGACUCAACAGUGGAGUCGACUCAAAAGUGGAGUCGACUCAACAGUGGUAUCGACUCAACAGUGGAGUCGACUCAACAGUGGUAUCGACUCAACAGUGGUAUCGACUCAACAGUGGUAUCGACUCAACAGUGGUAUCGACUCAGCAGUGGAGUCGACUCAACAGUGGAGUCGACUCAACAGUGGUAUCGACUCAACAGUGGAGUCAACUCAACAGUGGUAUCGACUCAAUAGUGGAGUCGACUCAACAGUGGUAUCGACUCAACAGUGGAGUCGACUCAACAGUGGUAUCGACUCAACAGUGGAGUCGACUCAACAGUGGUAUCGACUCAACAGUGGUAUCGACUCAACAGUGGUAUCGACUCAACAGUGGUAUCGACUCAACAGUGGUAUCAACUCAACAGUGGUAUCGACUCAACAGUGGUAUCGACUCAACAGUGGUAUCGACUCAACAGUGGUAUCGACUCAACAGUGGUAUCGACUCAACAGUGGAGUCGACUCAACAGUGGAGUCGACUCAACAGUGGUAUCGACUCAACAGUGGAGUCGACUCAACAGUGGUAUCGACUCAACAGUGGAGUCGACUCAACAGUGGUAUCGACUCAACAGUGGAGUCGACUCAACAGUGGUAUCGACUCAACAGUGGAGUCGACUCAACAGUGGAGUCGACUCAACAGUGGAGUCGACUCAACAGUGGAGUCGACUCAACAUUGGUAUCGACUCAACAGUGGUAUCGACUCAACAGUGGUAUCGACUCAACAGUGGUAUCGACUCAACAGUGGUAUCGACUCAAUUGUGGUAUCGACUCAACAGAGGUAUCGACUCAACAGUGGUAUCGACUCAACAGUGGAGUCGACUCAACAAUGGAGUCGACUCAACAGUGGUAUCGACUCAACAGUGGAGUCGACUCAACAGUGGUAUCGACUCAACAGUGGAGUCGACUCAACAGUGGUAUCGACUCAACAGUGGAGUCGACUCAACAGUGGUAUCGACUCAACAGUGGAGUCGACUCAACAGUGGAGUCGACUCAACAGUGGAGUCGACUCAACAGUGGAGUCGACUCAACAGUGGUAUCGACUCAACAGUGGUAUCGACUCAACAGUGGUAUCGACUCAACAGUGGUAUCGACUCAACAGUGUGGUAUCGACUCAACAGUGGUAUCGACUCAACAGUGGUAUCGACUCAACAGUGGUAUCGACUCAACAGUGGUAUCGACUCAACAGUGGUAUCGACUCAACAGUGGUAUCGACUCAACAGUGGUAUCGACUCAACAGUGGUAUCGACUCAACAGUGGUAUCGACUCAACAGUGGAGUCGACUCAACAGUGGAGUCGACUCAACAGUGGUAUCGACUCAACAGUGGAGUCGACUCAACAGUGGAGUCGACUCAAUAGUGGAGUCGACUCAACAGUGGUAUCGACUCAACAGUGGAGUCGACUCAACAGUGGUAUCGACUCAACAGUGGAGUCGACUCAACAGUGGAGUCGACUCAACAGUGGAGUCGACUCAACAGUGGAGUCGACUCAACAGUGGUAUCGACUCAACAGUGGUAUCGACUCAACAGUGGUAUCGACUCAACAGUGGUAUCGACUCAACAGUGGUAUCGACUCAACAGUGGUAUCGACUCAACAGUGGUAUCGACUCAACAGUGGAGUCGACUCAACAGUGGAGUCGACUCAACAGUGGAGUCGACUCAACAGUGGAGUCGACUCAACAGUGGUAUCGACUCAACGGUGGUAUCGACUCAACAGUGGAGUCGACUCAACAGUGGUAUCGACUCAACAGUGGAGUCGACUCAACAGUGGAGUCGACUCAACAGUGGAGUCGACUCAACAGUGGAGUCGACUCAACAGUGGUAUCGACUCAACAGUGGAGUCGACUCAACAGUGGAGUCGACUCAACAGUGGAGUCGACUCAACAGUGGAGUCGACUCAACAGUGGAGUCGACUCAACAGUGGAGUCGACUCAACAGUGGAGUCGACUCAACAGUGGUAUCGACUCAACAGUGGUAUCGACUGAACAGUGGAGUCGACUCAACAGUGGAGUCGACUCAACAGUGGUAUCGACUCAACAGUGGAGUCGACUCAACAGUGGUAUCGACUCAACAGUGGAGUCGACUCAACAGUGGUAUCGACUCAACAGUGGAGUCGACUCAACAGUGGUAUCGACUCAACAGUGGAGUCGACUCAACAGUGGAGUCGACUCAACAGUGGAGUCGACUCAACAGUGGAGUCGACUCAACAGUGGAGUCGACUCAACAGUGGUAUCGACUCAACAGUGGUAUCGACUCAACAGUGGUAUCGACUCAACAGUGGUAUCGACUCAACAGUGGUAUCGACUCAACAGUGGUAUCGACUCAACAGUGGUAUCGACUCAACAGUGGUAUCGACUCAACAGUGGUAUCGACUCAACAGUGGAGUCGACUCAACAGUGGAGUCGACUCAACAGUGGUAUCGACUCAACAGUGGAGUCGACUCAACAGUGGUAUCGACUCAACAAUGGAGUCGACUCAACAGUGGUAUCGACUCAACAGUGGAGUCGACUCAACAGUGGUAUCGACUCAACAGUGGAGUCGACUCAACAGUGGUAUCGACUCAACAGUGGAGUCGACUCAACAGUGGAGUCGACUCAACAGUGGAGUCGACUCAACAGUGGAGUCGACUCAACAGUGGUAUCGACUCAACAGUGGAGUCGACUCAACAGUGGUAUCGACUCAACAGUGGAGUCGACUCAACAGUGGUAUCGACUCAACAGUGGAGUCGACUCAACAGUGGAGUCGACUCAACAGUGGUAUCGACUCAACAGUGGAGUCGACUCAACAGUGGUAUCGACUCAACAGUGGAGUCGACUCAACAGUGGUAUCGACUCAACAGUGGUAUCGACUCAACAGAGGUAUCGACUCAACAGUGGUAUCGACUCAACAGUGGUAUCGACUCAACAGUGGAGUCGACUCAACAGUGGAGUCGACUCAACAGUGGAGUCGACUCAACAGUGGAGUCGACUCAACAGUGGUAUCGACUCAACAGUGGAGUCGACUCAACAGUGGUAUCGACUCAACAGUGGAGUCGACUCAACAGUGGUAUCGACUCAACAGUGGAGUCGACUCAACAGUGGUAUCGACUCAACAGUGGAGUCGACUCAACAGUGGAGUCGACUCAACAGUGGUAUCGACUCAACAGUGGAGUCGACUCAACAGUGGAGUCGACUCAACAGUGGUAUCGACUCAACAGUGGUCUCGACUCAACAGUGGUAUCGACUCAACAGUGGAGUCGACUCAACAGUGGAGUCGACUCAACAGUGGAGUCGACUCAACAGUGGUAUCGACUCAACAGUGGAGUCGACUCAACAGUGGAGUCGACUCAACAGUGGAGUCGACUCAACAGUGGAGUCGACUCAACAGUGGUAUCGACUCAACAGUGGUAUCGACUCAACAGUGGUAUCGACUCAACAGUGGUAUCGACUCAACAGUGGUAUCGACUCAACAGUGGAGUCGACUCAACAGUGGAGUCGACUCAACAGUGGUAUCGACUCAACAGUGGAGUCGACUCAACAGUGGUAUCGACUCAACAGUGGUAUCGACUCAACAGUGGAGUCGACUCAACAGUGGUAUCGACUCAACAGUGGAGUCGACUCAACAGUGGAGUCGACUCAACAGUGGAGUCGACUCAACAGUGGAGUCGACUCAACAGUGGUAUCGACUCAACAGUGGUAUCGACUCAACAGUGGUAUCGACUCAACAGUGGUAUCGACUCAACAGUGGUAUCGACGCAACAGUGGUAUCGACUCAACAGUGGUAUCGACUCAACAGUGGAGUCGACUCAACAGUGGAGUCGACUCAACAGUGGUAUCGACUCAACAGUGGAGUCGACUCAACAGUGGUAUCGACUCAACAGUGGAGUCGACUCAACAGUGGUAUCGACUCAACAGUGGAGUCGACUCAACAGUGGAGUCGACUCAACAGUGGAGUCGACUCAACAGUGGAGUCGACUCAACAGUGGAGUCGACUCAACAGUGGAGUCGACUCAACAGUGGUAUCGACUCAACAGUGGUAUCGACUCAACAGUGGUAUCGACUCAACAGUGGUAUCGACUCAACAGUGGAGUCGACUCAACAGUGGAGUCGACUCAACAGUGGAGUCGACUCAACAGUGGUAUCGACUCAACAGUGGAGUCGACUCAACAGUGGUAUCGACUCAACAGUGGAGUCGACUCAACAGUGGUAUCGACUCAACAGUGGAGUCGACUCAACAGUGGUAUCGACUCAACAGUGGUAUCGACUCAACAGAGGUAUCGACUCAACAGUGGUAUCGACUCAACAGUGGUAUCGACUCAACAGUGGAGUCGACUCAACAGUGGAGUCGACUCAACAGUGGAGUCGACUCAACAGUGGAGUCGACUCAACAGUGGUAUCGACUCAACAGUGGAGUCGACUCAACAGUGGUAUCGACUCAACAGUGGAGUCGACUCAACAGUGGAGUCGACUCAACAGUGGAGUCGACUCAACAGUGGUAUCGACUCAACAGUGGAGUCGACUCAACAGUGGUAUCGACUCAACAGUGGAGUCGACUCAACAGUGGAGUCGACUCAACAGUGGUAUCGACUCAACAGUGGAGUCGACUCAACAGUGGAGUCGACUCAACAGUGGUAUCGACUCAACAGUGGUCUCGACUCAACAGUGGUAUCGACUCAACAGUGGAGUCGACUCAACAGUGGAGUCGACUCAACAGUGGAGUCGACUCAACAGUGGUAUCGACUCAACAGUGGAGUCGACUCAACAGUGGAGUCGACUCAACAGUGGAGUCGACUCAACAGUGGAGUCGACUCAACAGUGGUAUCGACUCAACAGUGGUAUCGACUCAACAGUGGUAUCGACUCAACAGUGGUAUCGAGUCAACAGUGGUAUCGACUCAACAGUGGAGUCGACUCAACAGUGGAGUCGACUCAACAGUGGUAUCGACUCAACAGUGGAGUCGACUCAACAGUGGUAUCGACUCAACAGUGGUAUCGACUCAACAGUGGAGUCGACUCAACAGUGGUAUCGACUCAACAGUGGAGUCGACUCAACAGUGGAGUCGACUCAACAGUGGAGUCGACUCAACAGUGGAGUCGACUCAACAGUGGUAUCGACUCAACAGUGGUAUCGACUCAACAGUGGUAUCGACUCAACAGUGGUAUCGACUCAACAGUGGUAUCGACGCAACAGUGGUAUCGACUCAACAGUGGUAUCGACUCAACAGUGGAGUCGACUCAACAGUGGAGUCGACUCAACAGUGGUAUCGACUCAACAGUGGAGUCGACUCAACAGUGGUAUCGACUCAACAGUGGAGUCGACUCAACAGUGGUAUCGACUCAACAGUGGAGUCGACUCAACAGUGGAGUCGACUCAACAGUGGAGUCGACUCAACAGUGGAGUCGACUCAACAGUGGAGUCGACUCAACAGUGGAGUCGACUCAACAGUGGUAUCGACUCAACAGUGGUAUCGACUCAACAGUGGUAUCGACUCAACAGUGGUAUCGACUCAACAGUGGAGUCGACUCAACAGUGGAGUCGACUCAACAGUGGAGUCGACUCAACAGUGGAGUCGACUCAACAGUGGAGUCGACUCAACAGUGGUAUCGACUCAACAUUGGUAUCGACUCAACAGUGGUAUCGACUCAACAGUGGAGUCGACUCAACAGUGGUAUCGACUCAACAGUGGUAUCGACUCAACAGUGGUAUCGACUCAACAGUGGUAUCGAAUCAACAGUGGUAUCGACUCAACAGUGGUAUCGACUCAACAGUGGAGUCGACUCAACAGUGGAGUCGACUCAACAGUGGUAUCGACUCAACAGUGGUAUCGACUCAACAGUGGUAUCGACUCAACAGUGGUAUCGACUCAACAGUGGUAUCGACUCAACAGUGGUAUCGACUCAACAGUGGUAUCGACUCAACAGUGGAGUCGACUCAACAGUGGAGUCGACUCAACAGUGGUAUCGACUCAACAGUGGAGUCGACUCAACAGUGGUAUCGACUCAACAGUGGUAUCGACUCAACAGUGGUAUCGACUCAACAGUGGUAUCGACUCAACAGUGGUAUCGACUCAACAGUGGUAUCGACUCAACAGUGGUAUCGACUCAACAGUGGUAUCGACUCAACAGUGGUAUCGACUCAACAGUGGUAUCGACUCAACAGUGGUAUCGACUCAACAGUGGUAUCGACUCAACAGUGGUAUCGACUCAACAGUGGUAUCGACUCAACAGUGGAGUCGAGUCAACAGUGGAGCCGACUCAACAGUGGAGCCGACUCAACAGUGGAGUCGACUCAACAGUGGUAUCGACUCAACAGUGGAGUCGACUCAACAGUGGUAUCGACUCAACAGUGGAGUCGACUCAACAGUGGUAUCGACUCAACAGUGGAGUCGACUCAACAGUGGUAUCGACUCAACAGUGGUAUCGACUCAACAGUGGUAUCGACUCAACAGUGGUAUCGACUCAACAGUGGUAUCGACUCAACAGUGGUAUCGACUCAACAGUGGUAUCGACUCAACAGUGGUAUCGACUCAACAGUGGUAUCGACUCAACAGUGGUAUCGACUCAACAGUGGUAUCGACUCAACAGUGGAGUCGACUCAACAGUGGAGCCGACUCAACAGUGGAGCCGACUCAACAGUGGAGUCGACUCAACAGUGGUAUCGACUCAACAGUGGAGUCGACUCAACAGUGGUAUCGACUCAACAGUGGAGUCGACUCAACAGUGGUAUCGACUCAACAGUGGAGUCGACUCAACAGUGGUAUCGACUCAACAGUGGAGUCGACUCAACAGUGGUAUCGACUCAACAGUGGAGUCGACUCAACAGUGGAGUCGACUCAACAGUGGAGUCGACUCAACAGUGGAGUCGACUCAACAGUGGUAUCGACUCAACAGUGGUAUCGACUCAACAGUGGUAUCGACUCAACAGUGGUAUCGACUCAACAGUGGUAUCGACUCAACAGUGGUAUCGACUCAACAGUGGUAUCGACUCAACAGUGGUAUCGACUCAACAGUGGUAUCGACUCAACAGUGGAGUCGACUCAACAGUGGAGUCGACUCAACAGUGGAGUCGACUCAACAGUGGUAUCGACUCAACAGUGGAGUCGACUCAACAGUGGUAUCGACUCAACAGUGGAGUCGACUCAACAGUGGUAUCGACUCAACAGUGGAGUCGACUCAACAGUGGUAUCGACUCAACAGUGGAGUCGACUCAACAGUGGUAUCGACUCAACAGUGUAGUCGACUCAACAGUGGAGUCGACUCAACAGUGGAGUCGACUCAACAGUGGAGUCGACUCAACAGUGGUAUCGACUCAACAGUGGUAUCGACUCAACAGUGGUAUCGACUCAACAGUGGUAUCGACUCAACAGUGGUAUCGACUCAACAGUGGUAUCGACUCAACAGUGGUAUCGACUCAACAGUGGUAUCGACUCAACAGUGGUAUCGACUCAACAGUGGAGUCGACUCAACAGUGGAGUCGACUCAACAGUGGAGUCGACUCAACAGUGGAGUCGACUCAACAGUGGAGUCGACUCAACAGUGGUAUCGACUCAACAGUGGUAUCGACUCAACAGUGGUAUCGACUCAACAGUGGAGUCGACUCAACAGUGGAGUCGACUCAACAGUGGAGUCGACUCAACAGUGGAGUCGACUCAACAGUGGAGUCGACUCAACAGUGGUAUCGACUCAACAGUGGAGUCGACUCAACAGUGGAGUCGACUCAACAGUGGAGUCGACUCAACAGUGGAGUCGACUCAACAGUGGUAUCGACUCAACAGUGGAGUCGACUCAACAGUGGUAUCGACUCAACAGUGGAGUCGACUCAACAGUGGUAUCGACUCAACAGUGGUAUCGACUCAACAGUGGUAUCGACUCAACAGUGGUAUCGACUCAACAGUGGUAUCGACUCAACAGUGGUAUCGACUCAACAGUGGUAUCGACUCAACAGUGGUAUCGACUCAACAGUGGAGUCGACUCAACAGUGGAGUCGACUCAACAGUGGUAUCGACUCAACAGUGGAGUCGACUCAACAGUGGUAUCGACUCAACAGUGGUAUCGACUCAACAGUGGUAUCGACUCAACAGUGGUAUCGACUCAACAGUGGUAUCGACUCAACAGUGGUAUCGACUCAACAGUGGUAUCGACUCAACAGUGGUAUCGACUCAACAGUGGUAUCGACUCAACAGUGGUAUCGACUCAACAGUGGUAUCGACUCAACAGUGGAGUCGACUCAACAGUGGAGUCGACUCAACAGUGGUAUCGACUCAACAGUGGAGUCGACUCAACAGUGGUAUCGACUCAACAGUGGAGUCGACUCAACAGUGGUAUCGACUCAACAGUGGAGUCGACUCAACAGUGGUAUCGACUCAACAGUGGAGUCGACUCAACAGUGGAGUCGACUCAACAGUGGAGUCGACUCAACAGUGGAGUCGACUCAACAGUGGUAUCGACUCAACAAUGGUAUCGACUCAACAGUGGUAUCGACUCAACAGUGGUAUCGACUCAACAGUGGUAUCGACUCAACAGUGGUAUCGACUCAACAGUGGUAUCGACUCAACAGUGGAGUCGACUCAACAGUGGAGUCGACUCAACAGUGGUAUCGACUCAACAGUGGAGUCGACUCAACAGUGGUAUCGACUCAACAGUGGUAUCGACUCAACAGUGGUAUCGACUCAACAGUGGUAUCGACUCAACAGUGGUAUCGACUCAACAGUGGUAUCGACUCAACAGUGGUAUCGACUCAACAUGGUAUCGACUCAACAGUGGUAUCGACUCAACAGUGGUAUCGACUCAACAGUGGUAUCGACUCAACAGUGGUAUCGACUCAACAGUGGUAUCGACUCAACAGUGGUAUCGACUCAACAGUGGUAUCGACUCAACAGUGGAGUCGACUCAACAGUGGAGUCGACUCAACAGUGGAGUCGACUCAACAGUGGUAUCGACUCAACAGUGGAGUCGACUCAACAGUGGUAUCGACUCAACAGUGGUAUCGACUCAACAGUGGUAUCGACUCAACAGUGGUAUCGACUCAACAGUGGAGUCGACUCAACAAUGGAGUCGACUCAACAGUGGUAUCGACUCAACAGUGGAGUCGACUCAACAGUGGUAUCGACUCAACAGUGGAGUCGACUCAACAGUGGAGUCGACUCAACAGUGGAGUCGACUCAACAGUGGAGUCGACUCAACAGUGGUAUCGACUCAACAGUGGAGUCGACUCAACAGUGGUAUCGACUCAACAGUGGAGUCGACUCAACAGUGGUAUCGACUCAACAGUGGUAUCGACUCAACAGUGGUAUCGACUCAACAGUGGUAUCGACUCAACAGUGGUAUCGACUCAACAGUGGUAUCGACUCAACAGUGGUAUCGACUCAACAGUGGUAUCGACUCAACAGUGGUAUCGACUCAACAGUGGUAUCGACUCAACAGUGGUAUCGACUCAACAGUGGUAUCGACUCAACAGUGGUAUCGACUCAACAGUGCAGUCGACUCAACAGUGGAGUCGACUCAACAGUGGUAUCGACUCAACAGUGGAGUCGACUCAACAGUGGUAUCGACUCAACAGUGGUAUCGACUCAACAGUGGAGUCGACUCAACAGUGGAGUCGACUCAACAGUGGUAUCGACUCAACAGUGGAGUCGACUCAACAGUGGAGUCGACUCAACAGUGGUAUCGACUCAACAGUGGAGUCGACUCAACAGUGGAGUCGACUCAACAGUGGUAUCGACUCAACAGUGGAGUCGACUCAACAGUGGAGUCGACUCAACAGUGGUAUCGACUCAACAGUGGAGUCGAUUCAACAGUGGAGUCGACUCAACAGUGGUAUCGACUCAACAGUGGAGUCGACUCAACAGUGGAGUCGACUCAACAGUGGUCUCGACUCAACAGUGGAGUCGACUCAACAGUGGAGUCGACUCAACAGUGGUAUCGACUCAACAGUGGAGUCGACUCAACAGUGGAGUCGACUCAACAGUGGUAUCGACUCAACAGUGGUAUCGACUCAACAGUGGUAUCGACUCAACAGUGGUAUCGACUCAACAGUGGUAUCGACUCAACAGUGGUAUCGACUCAACAGUGGUAUCGACUCAACAGUGGUAUCGACUCAACAGUGGUAUCGACUCAACAGUGGUAUCGACUCAACAGUGGUAUCGACUCAACAGUGGUAUCGACUCAACAGUGGUAUCGACUCAACAUUGGAGUCGACUCAACAGUGGUAUCGACUCAACAGUGGAGUCGACUCAACAGUGGAGUCGACUCAACAGUGGUAUCGACUCAACAGUGGAGUCGACUCAACAGUGGAGUCGACUCAACAGUGGUAUCGACUCAACAGUGGAGUCGACUCAACAGUGGAGUCGACUCAACAGUGGUAUCGACUCAACAGUGGAGUCGACUCAACAGUGGAGUCGACUCAACAGUGGAGUCGACUCAACAGUGGAGUCGACUCAACAGUGGAGUCGACUCAACAGUGGUAUCGACUCAACAGUGGUAUCGACUCAACAGUGGUAUCGACUCAACAGUGGUAUCGACUCAACAGUGGUAUCGACUCAACAGUGGUAUCGACUCAACAGUGGUAUCGACUCAACAGUGGUAUCGACUCAACAGUGGUAUCGACUCAACAGUGGUAUCGACUCAACAGUGGUAUCGACUCAACAGUGGUAUCGACUCAACAGUGGUAUCGACUCAACAGUGGUAUCGACUCAACAGUGGUAUCGACUCAACAGUGGUAUCGACUCAACAGUGGUAUCGACUCAACAGUGGUAUCGACUCAACAGUGGUAUCGACUCAACAGUGGUAUCGACUCAACAGUGGUAUCGACUCAACAGUGGUAUCGACUCAACAGUGGUAUCGACUCAACAGUGGAGUCGACUCAACAGUGGUAUCGACUCAACAGUGGUAUCGACUCAACAGGGGUAUCGACUCAACAGUGGUAUCGACUCAACAGUGGUAUCGACUCAACAGUGGUAUCGACUCAACAGUGGUAUCGACUCAACAGUGGUAUCGACUCAACAGUGGUAUCGACUCAACAGUGGUAUCGACUCAACAGUGGUAUCGACUCAACAGUGGUAUCGACUCAACAGUGGUAUCGACUCAACAGUGGUAUCGACUCAACAGUGGUAUCGACUCAACGGUGGUAUCGACUCAACAGUGGUAUCGACUCAACAGUGGUAUCGACUCAACAGUGGUAUCGACUCAACAGUGGAGUCGACUCAACAGUGGAGUCGACUCAACAGUGGUAUCGACUCAACAGUGGUAUCGACUCAACAGUGGUAUCGACUCAACAGUGGUAUCGACUCAACAGUGGUAUCGACUCAACAGUGGUAUCGACUCAACAGUGGUAUCGACUCAACAGUGGUAUCGACUCAACAGUGGUAUCGACUCAACAGUGGUAUCGACUCAACAGUGGUAUCGACUCAACAUUGGAGUCGACUCAACAGUGGUAUCGACUCAACAGUGGAGUCGACUCAACAGUGGAGUCGACUCAACAGUGGUAUCGACUCAACAGUGGAGUCGACUCAACAGUGGAGUCGACUCAACAGUGGUAUCGACUCAACAGUGGAGUCGACUCAACAGUGGAGUCGACUCAACAGUGGUAUCGACUCAACAGUGGAGUCGACUCAACAGUGGAGUCGACUCAACAGUGGAGUCGACUCAACAGUGGAGUCGACUCAACAGUGGUAUCGACUCAACAGUGGUAUCGACUCAACAGUGGUAUCGACUCAACAGUGGUAUCGACUCAACAGUGGAGUCGACUCAACAGUGGAGUCGACUCAAAAGUGGAGUCGACUCAACAGUGGUAUCGACUCAACAGUGGAGUCGACUCAACAGUGGUAUCGACUCAACAGUGGUAUCGACUCAACAGUGGUAUCGACUCAACAGUGGUAUCGACUCAGCAGUGGAGUCGACUCAACAGUGGAGUCGACUCAACAGUGGUAUCGACUCAACAGUGGAGUCAACUCAACAGUGGUAUCGACUCAAUAGUGGAGUCGACUCAACAGUGGUAUCGACUCAACAGUGGAGUCGACUCAACAGUGGUAUCGACUCAACAGUGGAGUCGACUCAACAGUGGUAUCGACUCAACAGUGGUAUCGACUCAACAGUGGUAUCGACUCAACAGUGGUAUCGACUCAACAGUGGUAUCAACUCAACAGUGGUAUCGACUCAACAGUGGUAUCGACUCAACAGUGGUAUCGACUCAACAGUGGUAUCGACUCAACAGUGGUAUCGACUCAACAGUGGAGUCGACUCAACAGUGGAGUCGACUCAACAGUGGUAUCGACUCAACAGUGGAGUCGACUCAACAGUGGUAUCGACUCAACAGUGGAGUCGACUCAACAGUGGUAUCGACUCAACAGUGGAGUCGACUCAACAGUGGUAUCGACUCAACAGUGGAGUCGACUCAACAGUGGAGUCGACUCAACAGUGGAGUCGACUCAACAGUGGAGUCGACUCAACAUUGGUAUCGACUCAACAGUGGUAUCGACUCAACAGUGGUAUCGACUCAACAGUGGUAUCGACUCAACAGUGGUAUCGACUCAAUUGUGGUAUCGACUCAACAGAGGUAUCGACUCAACAGUGGUAUCGACUCAACAGUGGAGUCGACUCAACAAUGGAGUCGACUCAACAGUGGUAUCGACUCAACAGUGGAGUCGACUCAACAGUGGUAUCGACUCAACAGUGGAGUCGACUCAACAGUGGUAUCGACUCAACAGUGGAGUCGACUCAACAGUGGUAUCGACUCAACAGUGGAGUCGACUCAACAGUGGAGUCGACUCAACAGUGGAGUCGACUCAACAGUGGAGUCGACUCAACAGUGGUAUCGACUCAACAGUGGUAUCGACUCAACAGUGGUAUCGACUCAACAGUGGUAUCGACGUAUCGACUCAACAGUGGUAUCGACUCAACAGUGGUAUCGACUCAACAGUGGUAUCGACUCAACAGUGGAGUCGACUCAACAGUGGUAUCGACUCAACAGUGGUAUCGACUCAACAGUGGUAUCGACUCAACAGUGGUAUCGACUCAACAGUGGUAUCGACUCAACAGUGGUAUCGACUCAACAGUGGUAUCGACUCAACAGUGGUAUCGACUCAACAGUGGUAUCGACUCAACAGUGGUAUUUACUCAACAGUGGUAUCGACUCAACAGUGGAGUCGACUCAACAGUGGUAUCGACUCAACAGUGGAGUCGACUCAACAGUGGUAUCGACUCAACAGUGGAGUCGACUCAACAGUGGAGUCGACUCAACAGUGGAGUCGACUCAACAGUGGAGUCGACUCAACAGUGGAGUCGACUCAACAGUGGAGUCGACUCAACAGUGGUAUCGACUCAACAGUGGUAUCGACUCAACAGUGGUAUCGACUCAACAGUGGUAUCGACUCAACAGUGGAGUCGACUCAACAGUGGAGUCGACUCAACAGUGGAGUCGACUCAACAGUGGUAUCGACUCAACAGUGGAGUCGACUCAACAGUGGAGUCGACUCAACAGUGGAGUCGACUCAACAGUGGUAUCGACUCAACAGUGGAGUCGACUCAACAGUGGAGUCGACUCAACAGUGGAGUCGACUCAACAGUGGUAUCGACUCAACAGUGGUAUCGACUCAACAGUGGAGUCGACUCAACAGUGGAGUCGACUCAACAGUGGAGUCGACUCAACAGUGGAGUCGACUCAACAGUGGAGUCGACUCAACAGUGGUAUCGACUCAACAGUGGAGUCGACUCAACAGUGGAGUCGACUCAACAGUGGAGUCGACUCAACAGUGGAGUCGACUCAACAGUGGAGUCGACUCAACAGUGGAGUCGACUCAACAGUGGAGUCGACUCAACAGUGGAGUCGACUCAACAGUGGUAUCGACUCAACAGUGGAGUCGACUCAACAGUGGAGUCGACUCAACAGUGGAGUCGACUCAACAGUGGAGUCGACUCAACAGUGGAGUCGACUCAACAGUGGAGUCGACUCAACAGUGGAGUCGACUCAACAGUGGUAUCGACUCAACAGUGGUAUCGACUCAACAGUGGUAUCGACUCAACAGUGGAGUCGACUCAACAGUGGAGUCGACUCAACAGUGGAGUCGACUCAACAGUGGUAUCGACUCAACAGUGGAGUCGACUCAACAGUGGUAUCGACUCAACAGUGGAGUCGACUCAACAGUGGAGUCGACUCAACAGUGGAGUCGACUCAACAGUGGAGUCGACUCAACAGUGGAGUCGACUCAACAGUGGAGUCGACUCAACAGUGGAGUCGACUCAACAGUGGUAUCGACUCAACAGUGGUAUCGACUCAACAGUGGUAUCGACUCAACAGUGGUAUCGACUCAACAGUGGAGUCGACUCAACAGUGGAGUCGACUCAACAGUGGAGUCGACUCAACAGUGGUAUCGACUCAACAGUGGAGUCGACUCAACAGUGGUAUCGACUCAACAGUGGAGUCGACUCAACAGUGGAGUCGACUCAACAGUGGAGUCGACUCAACAGUGGAGUCGACUCAACAGUGGAGUCGACUCAACAGUGGAGUCGACUCAACAGUGGUAUCGACUCAACAGUGGUAUCCACUCAACAGUGGUAUCGACUCAACAGUGGUAUCGACUCAACAGUGGUAUCGACUCAACAGUGGAGUCGACUCAACAGUGGUAUCGACUCAACAGUGGUAUCGACUCAACAGUGGAGUCGACUCAACAGUGGUAUCGACUCAACAGUGGAGUCGACUCAACAGUGGAGUCGACUCAACAGUGGAGUCGACUCAACAGUGGUAUCGACUCAACAGUGGAGUCGACUCAACAGUGGAGUCGACUCAACAGUGGAGUCGACUCAACAGUGGUAUCGACUCAACAGUGGAGUCGACUCAACAGUGGUAUCGACUCAACAGUGGAGUCGACUCAACAGUGGAGUCGACUCAACAGUGGAGUCGACUCAACAGUGGAGUCGACUCAACAGUGGAGUCGACUCAACAGUGGAGUCGACUCAACAGUGGUAUCGACUCAACAGUGGUAUCGACUCAACAGUGGUAUCGACUCAACAGUGGUAUCGACUCAACAGUGGAGUCGACUCAACAGUGGAGUCGACUCAACAGUGGAGUCGACUCAACAGUGGUAUCGACUCAACAGUGGAGUCGACUCAACAGUGGUAUCGACUCAACAGUGGAGUCGACUCAACAGUGGAGUCGACUCAACAGUGGAGUCGACUCAACAGUGGAGUCGACUCAACAGUGGAGUCGACUCAACAGUGGAGUCGACUCAACAGUGGUAUCGACUCAACAGUGGAGUCGACUCAACAGUGGUAUCGACUCAACAGUGGUAUCGACUCAACAGUGGAGUCGACUCAACAGUGGAGUCGACUCAACAGUGGAGUCGACUCAACAGUGGAGUCGACUCAACAGUGGUAUCGACUCAACAGUGGAGUCGACUCAACAGUGGUAUCGACUCAACAGUGGAGUCGACUCAACAGUGGAGUCGACUCAACAGUGGAGUCGACUCAACAGUGGAGUCGACUCAACAGUGGAGUCGACUCAACAGUGGAGUCGACUCAACAGUGGUAUCGACUCAACAGUGGUAUCGACUCAACAGUGGUAUCGACUCAACAGUGGUAUCGACUCAACAGUGGAGUCGACUCAACAGUGGAGUCGACUCAACAGUGGAGUCGACUCAACAGUGGUAUCGACUCAACAGUGGAGUCGACUCAACAGUGGUAUCGACUCAACAGUGGAGUCGACUCAACAGUGGAGUCGACUCAACAGUGGAGUCGACUCAACAGUGGAGUCGACUCAACAGUGGAGUCGACUCAACAGUGGAGUCGACUCAACAGUGGUAUCGACUCAACAGUGGUAUCGACUCAACAGUGGUAUCGACUCAACAGUGGUAUCGACUCAACAGUGGUAUCGACUCAACAGUGGUAUCGACUCAACAGUGGAGUCGACUCAACAGUGGAGUCGACUCAACAGUGGAGUCGACUCAACAGUGGUAUCGACUCAACAGUGGAGUCGACUCAACAGUGGUAUCGACUCAACAGUGGAGUCGACUCAACAGUGGAGUCGACUCAACAGUGGAGUCGACUCAACAGUGGAGUCGACUCAACAGUGGAGUCGACUCAACAGUGGAGUCGACUCAACAGUGGUAUCGACUCAACAGUGGUAUCGACUCAACAGUGGUAUCGACUCAACAGUGGUAUUGACUCAACAGUGGAGUCGACUCAACAGUGGUAUCGACUCAACAGUGGAGUCGACUCAACAGUGGUAUCGACUCAACAGUGGAGUCGACUCAACAGUGGAGUCGACUCAACAGUGGUAUCGACUCAACAGUGGUAUCGACUCAACAGUGGUAUCGACUCAACAGUGGUAUCGACUCAACAGUGGAGUCGACUCAACAGUGGAGUCGACUCAACAGUGGAGUCGACUCAACAGUGGUAUCGACUCAACAAUGGAGUCGACUCAACAGUGGUAUCGACUCAUCAGUGGAGUCGACUCAACAGUGGAGUCGACUCAACAGUGGAGUCGACUCAACAGUGGAGUCGACUCAACAGUGGAGUCGACUCAACAGUGGAGUCGACUCAACACUGGAGUCGACUCAACAGUGGAGUCGACUCAACAGUGUAGUCGACUCAACAGUGGAGUCGACUCAACAGUGGAGUCGACUCAACAGUGGAGUCGACUCAACAGUGGAGUCGACUCAACAGUGGAGUCGACUCAACAGUGGAGUCGACUCAACAGUGGAGUCGACUCAACAGUGGUAUCGACUCAACAGUGGAGUCGACUCAACAGUGGAGUCGACUCAACAGUGGUAUCGACUCAACAGUGGAGUCGACUCAACAGUGGUAUCGACUCAACAGUGGUAUCGACUCAACAGUGGUAUCGACUCAACAGUGGAGUCGACUCAACAGUGGAGUCGACUCAACAGUGGAGUCGACUCAACAGUGCUAUCGACUCAACACUGGAGUCGACUCAACAGUGGUAUCGACUCAACAGUGGAGUCGACUCAACAGUGGAGUCGACUCAACAGUGGAGUCGACUCAACAGUGGAGUCGACUCAACAGUGGAGUCGACUCAACAGUGGAGUCGACUCAACAGUGGUAUCGACUCAACAGUGGUAUCGACUCAACAGUGGUAUCGACUCAACAGUGGUAUUGACUCAACAGUGGAGUCGACUCAACAGUGGUAUCGACUCAACAGUGGAGUCGACUCAACAGUGGUCUCGACUCAACAGUGGAGUCGACUCAACAGUGGUAUCGACCCAACAGUGGAGUCGACUCAACAGUGGAGUCGACUCAACAGUGGAGUCGACUCAACAGUGGUAUCGACUCAACAUGGAGUCGACUCAACAGUGGAGUCGACUCAACAGUGGAGUCGACUCAACAGUGGAGUCGACUCAACAGUGGAGUCGACUCAACAGUGGAGUCGACUCAACAGUGGAGUCGACUCAACACUGGAGUCGACUCAACAGUGGAGUCGACUCAACAGUGUAGUCGACUCAACAGUGGAGUCGACUCAACAGUGGAGUCGACUCAACAGUGGAGUCGACUCAACAGUGGAGUCGACUCAACAGUGGAGUCGACUCAACAGUGGAGUCGACUCAACAGUGGAGUCGACUCAACAGUGGUAUCGACUCAACAGUGGAGUCGACUCAACAGUGGUAUCGACUCAACAGUGGUAUCGACUCAACAGUGGUAUCGACUCAACAGUGGAGUCGACUCAACAGUGGAGUCGACUCAACAGUGGAGUCGACUCAACAGUGCUAUCGACUCAACAGUGGAGUCGACUCAACAGUGGUAUCGACUCAACAGUGGAGUCGACUCAACAGUGGAGUCGACUCAACAGUGGAGUCGACUCAACAGUGGAGUCGACUCAACAGUGGAGUCGACUCAACAGUGCAGUCGACUCAACAGUGGUAUCGACUCAACAGUGGUAUCGACUCAACAGUGGUAUCGACUCAACAGUGGUAUUGACUCAACAGUGGAGUCGACUCAACAGUGGUAUCGACUCAACAGUGGAGUCGACUCAACAGUGGUCUCGACUCAAUAGUGGAGUCGACUCAACAGUGGUAUCGACCCAACAGUGGAGUCGACUCAACAGUGGAGUCGACUCAACAGUGGAGUCGACUCAACAGUGGUAUCGACUCAACAGUGGAGUCGACUCAACAGUGGAGUCGACUCAACAGUGGUAUCGACUCAACAGUGGAGUCGACUCAACAGUGGAGUCGACUCAACAGUGGAGUCGACUCAACAGUGGAGUCGACUCAACAGUGGAGUCGACUCAACAGUGGAGUCGACUCAACAGUGGAGUCGACUCAACAGUGGAGUCGACUCAACAGUGGAGUCGACUCAACAGUGUAGUCGACUCAACAGUGGAGUCGACUCAACAGUGGAGUCGACUCAACAGUGGAGUCGACUCAACAGUGUAG